AUGUACCUUUUGAAACAUGAAAAUGAUGCGGUGCACAUGGUCCCGGUGUACGAGGCAGUCCCAUGCUACACUGAGUGCAAUCAGUAUUCUUGGGUAGUCGAACCGUGGUCUCCGUGCAAAAUCAACAGUGAACAAAAUUCCCUCCACUGUGGAGAAGGAAUACAAACGAGGAAAGUCAGGUGUGUAAGUACUACAGAAGACCAUGGAGGGGAAACUGUACCCAACACCCUGUGCAAUAAGGCUGAAAUCCCAAGUGAAAUUCGGAAGUGCAGCUUGUACUGCCCCAAUGAGUGUGCAGUGUCUGAUUGGGGACCAUGGAGCACGUGUCCGCAGGUGUGUGAUCCAAGUACUGUGCAAACCCGAUCUCGGCAAGUGCUAAGAUCUCCCGUCAGUAGAAAGCCCUGUCCUGAAGAUUCACAAAUGAAACCAUGUAUUCUUAACCAAAACUGCUUCCAGUAUCAGUACAAUCUAACAGCCUGGAGCACGUGCCAGCUCAACGGGAACGCGACGUGCGGGCGAGGAGUUCGGAAGCGGCUCCUGAGCUGCGUGCGCAGCGAUGGGGAGACGGUCAGUGCACGGCACUGCGAGCAGCGUCGCCUGGAGAAGCCGGUGGAGACGAGCAGCGAGUGCGUGGUGCAGUGCGUGGUGGACUGCCGGCUGUCGGCGUGGUCGGCCUGGUCGCAGUGCUCCCAGACGUGUGGCUCCGGCGGCCAGAUGGUGCGCGGGCGCACGGUGCUGCUGAAGGCCGCGGCCGAGGGCCGGCCCUGCCCAGCACAGCUCAGCCAGCACCGCAGCUGCCCGGUGAAGCCCUGCUACAGCUGGCAUCUCGGGCCCUGGUCACCCUGCAGACUCCAGGGUGGACAGUGUGGAGAUGGAUUGCAAAUCCGCAACCUCACGUGUGUAGUGCAUGAUGCAUCUGUUUCUGCUACAUCCAAGCCAGUAGAAAACGCAUUAUGUGGUGAGCUACCUUUGAAGGAGAGUGUACUGCAGUUACCGUGCUCUGUGCCUUGCCCAGGUGACUGCCACCUGACCGAGUGGUCAGAGUGGAGCUCCUGCGAGCUCACAUGCAUUGAUGGCAGGAGCUUUGAAACAGCGGGGCGGCAGGCUCGCUCCAGGGCGCUCAUCGGUCAGCCUGCUGAGAACACAGAGAGCUGCUCUGGACAAGUGGUGGAAACACGGCCUUGCUCAGGAGGGAGGUGUUACGAAUACCUGUGGAAAACCAGCCUUUGGCGAGACAGUGUGCGCACAGUGUGGUGUCAGCGCUCAGAUGGAGUGAAUGUCACAGGAGGGUGUUCUCUUCAGACCAAACCUGCUGAAGUUCAGCACUGCAGCCCAGCAUGCAGAAAACCCUUCUCCUACUGCACCCAGAGAGGAGUCUGCGGUUGUGAGCGAGGAUAUACAGAAAUAAUGAGAUCAAAUGGUUUGCUGGAUUACUGCAUGAAGGUACCAGGUUUAGAAGAUAAGAAGGCUGAUGUUAAGACGAUUGCUGGAAAAAAUAAACCCGUCAACUCCAAAAUGCAUGACAUUUUCAAAGGAUGGUCUAUUCAACCUUUUAAUCCAGAUGGUAAGCUGAAGAUGUGGGUGUAUGGAGUAUCAGCUAGCGGGUUCCUCAUCAUAGUCCUCCUGAUUUUUACAUCCUUUCUGAUGUGCAAAAAAGCAAGCAGCAUCAAAGCACUCCUCCACAACAGAAGCCUCUAACCUUAGCCUAUGAUGGAGACAUUGACAUGUAACAUAGAAAAGAAAUCCAAAUGUAGACAUCGACUGCCUUAACCACUUUCUUUUUGUAACUCUCAGACUUCUCAGUUUUUUGAGGAAUCUCCUGAUGUGUAAUAAUCGGGCAGAACGGAAAUACUGCAAGCUUAAAAUUUUGCCACCUCGUUACAAAAGAAAAAUAAUGGAGUCAAAGUCUUGGAUCUUGUGAAACUUUCCUGAAGAAACUGGAAAAUGCAUCUCUUCCUGUUGAGCAAUGGGAAUUAAAAUAAGAAAGUCUACCAACAUCAAAUGGAAUUGGUCCAAAAAAAAAG